ACAGAAGACAGGGAUUGUCGAUUAGAAAAAUCAUCGUAAUUAGCAAACCUCAUUACCGGUCGUUGAUGGACGAUAAACAGUAAUCAGCAAAACAAAAUAAACGUCCAGUAACCUUCUGGUUGGCCGCGGUUCUUCUUGAAGAAAGUGAAUUUUGCGUGGGGGGCGCUAUAUAAGCCGCAGAUAGAGAGUGAAACUUGAAUAGUGCCUUUGGAUGUGUUGUGCUUGGUUUCAGUGCGGGUUUUUGAAGAAAUUGAACAAUGAGACUGUUGCAAGCCCAUUGGGCCCUUUUGCUGCUCGCAGCUUGCGCAGCAGCCCAAGACAACUCCUGGUCCUGGAACCAACCGAGCGGGAGCGCCAGCCCUGAUGUGGGCCAAAAGAUCGAAACCGGCUAUGAUUUGGAACCGGCCGCCACUGCCAACGCCCCCCAGAACGCCACUGAUAUGGAGAAAGUGAUCGACGAGAUUUUGGGCUCGCAGAGGCAAGGCAGGGCCUUGCAAGGCUACGACGAAGUCUACAGUGACCCCAACGUGCAAGAAGCCCUGCAAAAGGGGGACGAUGGGGAGGCUCGGAAUGUCAUCAAGGACCGACUUUGCUACUUGGGGCUGAUGCAGUGUGAGGAGGAGAUCGAAGGGAAGCGUCCCUUUAUAUCGCCAGAGGAGCUCAUAUACGCCCAGCCUGUGGCCAUCAACCCAGUGGGUCGCCCCAUUCCAACCAUUCCAGUAAAGGGCGGACGAGGCGGGUAUGGGCCUGGCGGCCCUCAAAAGUUCGGGCCACCCCCGUCCGGCAAAUACCCGCCCUUCUCCCCAAAUAAACCGCCCAGGAGAGGAUACGGACCCGCCUUUGCAGGCAACGGCCUGGGCGGCAUCAAGCCGCCCCAUUACGGUGGCAUCAGCAAACCCCCGUUCCUAGCCGGAGGAGAAAUCCUGGCAGAGGGCGAGUUCCUGAACCGUCCCCCAACUUCGGAGUACUUCAACAAAGGGCCCGGCCUAUCAGUUCCCGGUUCUCCCUAUCAGUUCGAGUCGGUUGGACACACCGGGGGCCACAAGGACAAACGCGUGGAGAUCACAGUCAAUGCCCAAGGAGGCGCAGCAUCAGCCACUGUAGCCAGCGCUAACAAAGGCCAAGUAGAGCACGUGCACCAUCACUACCACCACAACGCAGAUGGCAUUGGAAACACGCCUACAGUGGUGGUAAACCCCGGCCCGCUAGCUGCAGCUGCUGUCUCCUCGCUCAGCCAAUCCUCCAGCUCCUUCGGAAGCUCUAGCUUGAGCAGCAAUGGCUUUAUCCCGGUGGGAGCCAGUCAGCUGCCCCUCGAAAGCUCCAGCCAGUUCAACGGCCUGAGCGGGGCUUCAUAUGGAGGCCAAAACAUCGCCAACUACGGAUCCUCAGGGUUGAAUUACGCGGACAGCAAACCAAUCAGCGAGAGCUUCGGGCCUCAAACCUUCGGCUCUGGAUCGACCGGCCUGGGCAGCUUCGGCUCCUCAUCCUCCUCCUUCAACAGCAACGGUUUCGGAGCCUCCGGAGGAUACUAUGGCUCCAACAACCUCUACAAGAAGGAGCUGAAUGUGGACUCCGUCAACAACAACUAUCUGGGUUCCAACUAUGCGGAUAAAUACAAGGGAGUUGAGUCUGCGAGGGCGGAAAGUUACGACUGCGUCUGCGUUCCCUACGACCAAUGUCCAACUCAUGACGUGAUUGGUCGCAAGGAUGACCUGUACUUGGCCAUUGACCCCCGCAACCUGAAGAGCGACAUUGAGGCCGAAACAGAUAAGGCUGAAACGCGCGUUUUGACCGACGGCAACGGCACUAUGACAAUUGUGCGCGUUCCCAAAGACACCAGCAAGUCCAAUGAAACUGAAACGGCUGAAGAGAAGAAGGUGAGCAAAAGGGAAGCACCCGCGGAGAAAAAGGAGGGCAAUCAAGAGGAGGACCAUAAAAUCGAAGGGCGUCAAUACCAAAGCCAAUACGAUAAUAUAAUGAAGAAACUGAAACCGACAUUCGGUCUAUCUUUCGGCCUGCCCUAUCAAGGAGGCGGUGGGUACCCUUUCUCCCCCCACGGCAUUUAUCCCCACCACGGAACCGUCGAUGGUACCGGCAUUAAUCUGGGCCUCGUUUCCGUAAAUCCUCUGGUGUCCGUUCAGUUCACUAAGGACGAUUACGGCAACAAAGUGAUCAAGCCCUUUGUCAAUUUGCAUUUGACCCCCAACAGCUACCUGGUGAAUAAGUUUGAGGACCUGAUUUCCUAUAAGAAGGGAGUUAUUUUGAACAAACACAAGCACUUUCAUGUGCAUAAGGGCUACCCGCACUAUGAGUCCCCUCACGGAGGGUAUUACGAGGGUCCCUACAGGGAACAUCCUGAGGAGUUCCACCAUGGAGGCCCGAUUAGUUACGGCCACCACCCACAAAUAUAUGAUGGCCCCCCAGAGCACUUUCAUGGACCCGGCCCUGAAUACCAUCGGGAACCUCCGUUUGCCCACCAUGGCCCCCCAGAGCACUUUCAGGGACCCGGCCCUGAAUACCAUCACGAACCUCCAUUUGCCCACCAUGGGCCGCCGGAGCACUUUGAAGGCCCCCCAAGUGGAUACUUUGAUGAUCCCCUGAAUUACGGCGGAGGACACCACGAGACCUUCCUGGGUAGGGCUUACAACAACGUCAGCUACACUCCAGGGUUGAACCUUCAAGACCAAUACCAAAACAAGUACAACGAAGACGUGGAUAGCUACGGAAACCCAGUGGGCGUUGACCAGUUCGCGUCCAAUAGCAUUGAAAAGGCGGGGCUAGAAAGCCGGUAUCAAACCGUAGGGUUCCGUGGGGGAAAAAGCCUAUCGGUAGGGGGGGAAAAGGGUAAGAUUAGCUUCCCGAGCAGUAGGCGUAGACGCGACCUGACGGACAAAGACCAAACGACCAAUGAUAUUAACGAAGGUAGAACCAAUACCGACAAGCGCCAGGCCUACUAUGGAAGACCCCAGACCUGUGGACCGCGCCACGUCUGCUGCCGCAGGCCUUUCCAACCGCCCGCGCCUACAGUGAAUAGAAACACUUGCGGAACCAGGCACUCGCAAGGCAUCAACGGGCGCAUCAAGAACCCGGUCUACGUGGAUGGAGACUCGGAGUUUGGCGAGUACCCUUGGCAGGUGGCCAUAUUGAAGAAGGACCCCAAGGAGAGCGUGUAUGUGUGUGGUGGCACCCUGAUCGAUCCCCUGCACAUCCUCACUGCCGCCCAUUGCGUUAAGCAAUACACCAACUUCGAUCUAAGGGUGCGCUUGGGCGAAUGGGACGUGAACCACGACGUGGAAUUCUACCCUUAUAUUGAACGCGACAUUGCCUCCCUAACUGUGCAUCCGGAAUUCUACGCGGGCACCCUAGCCAAUGAUAUUGCAGUUCUUCGAAUGAGCACCCCAGUGGACUGGACCAAACAUCCCCACAUCUCACCUGCCUGCUUACCGCAUCCUCAGGACGACUACACGGGGGCCAGAUGCUGGACUACUGGAUGGGGCAAAGACGCGUUCGGAGACUUUGGAAAGUACCAAAAUAUCCUCAAGGAAGUGGAUGUGCCUGUUGUGGGCUUUGGACAGUGCCAGCGCCAGUUGCAAAACACCCGUUUAGGAUACGAAUUCAAACUUCAUCCGGGAUUCGUUUGCGCUGGAGGUGAGGAGGGCAAAGACGCGUGCAAGGGAGACGGCGGUGGCCCCAUGGUGUGUGAAAGGGGCGGGACCUGGCAACUAGUGGGAGUGGUCAGCUGGGGAAUUGGCUGCGGCCAAAUAGGAGUUCCGGGCGUUUACGUGAGAGUCGCGCACUACCUGGAUUGGAUCAGGCAAGUGACGCAACGAUACUGAGCGGACAAUCUGUAGUUAUUUAUUUAUUAGUAGUUGUUGUUGAAUUAAAUUAUUUCAUAAUUAACUUAUUUCUCAUGUGCUGUAAAUAGGUAUUAAUUGUAAGAGCGUCAAAAUAAAACGCAUUUUUUGGGAA